AUGCCUAAAUUUCCCAAGAACUUCGGACGGCGAAAAUCGGCCGCAAAUGUGCUUGAGGACGUCCAAGAUGUGCCGGUAGCUGAGCAGUCUUUCAAAGUGUUUGAGCGAUCAGAUGGUACUGGUAAAUCUUUCGAUGGAGGAAUGAAAUUGAAGAAGGCAGCAGGAGACGCACCAGUUCACAGACCGAAGACAUCUUACCGGGAGGAGAAUAUGUUUGAGGGUAUAAUUCAUGGAAGUCGCGGUAGUGGUGCCUCUAAUACCAACACCGCCUCAACUACAGAUAAUUCGUCCCGCUUAAGUGCAGCAUCUACAGCUCCAUCGUCUACUGAUGCCAGAGGAGAUGACUGGAGGAAUGCACACGAUAAGCCUUCUAAUGAUAGGCCUAAUACUCCUGCAUCCAAGUCGGGAGGCACUUUCUCCUUCAAGUCUGCAGGACGAUCACUUUCCUGGGGACGGAUCAAACCUACGAACACCACGCCCCCUCUUGUUCCCUCAAAAGCGCCCCCUCUGCCGGCCGAGUAUGAAAACGAGGCUGGCAGGGCACGGGCUGUAACAGCAUCUAGCUAUGCAAGCACUGCUACUCCACCAAAAAUUGAUGAAAAAGAUAUUGGAUUAAGUUUAGGAGGUGACUUUUCCGAUAUGUUUGCCGAGUUCGCGAAGCGUAGGAGUCGGGUUCUGGAAUCAGAGAACAGAAGAUCUCCGUCUCGAAGUCCUGAUAUCCCACCCUCCGAACCAGCCCUACAAUCAUACUCGAACCAUUCCAAUAAGCCUCUACCACUUAACAUUGACAAGGACAAAGAUAUCGAGCCUUCUCCUUACUCAUGGAGUAGUCGGCAUUCGCAAGAUGGCUUGAUGUCAAACUCUAGCCCACCUCCAUUCGCUCCACGCAACGACGACGAAAACCCUUCAGUUCCCCAACAUCGAUCGUCAAAGAACAAUGAUGACUUCAGCAGAACUCAAAGGCCCGGCGGACUUGCCGACAGUGGCAUACGGCGAACAAGCGCUCAUCAUGGGCGCCGCCCAUCAAAGAUUGAGAAUCAGGAAUUGGUGGAUGAGGACGCUAGACUCCUAAGAGAAUCCAUAAAUGCCAGCCGGAACCUGAAUGACCCAGGGUAUAACCCUAAGGUCCGAGAUAGCUGGUCUCCUUCCAAAGCUUCAAAUAAAGUCGGCGAUACCCCUGUUCCGGCUUCCAAUGUGGGAUCUGUGGAGACAACCCCGAGACCACAUAAGGUGGAAGCAAGAGAACCCGAGGAAGAUUUAUUCGAUAAUCACAUAGCAGAAUCCGCAAAUAUUGCUUCACGAUUUGAAGAGAAAUCCUUGUCACCACCCCCGAACCCUGUUCCCCGGAACAAGGUCAUGACACCCGCCCAGUUCGAGAGAUACAAACAGGAUCAGGACAGAUUGAGAGGUGUUGGAGGGCAAUCAAAAGAUGCGGAAGAGGAUGAGGAAGAAGCUUACGACGAUGAAGAUGACGAGGCCGAGAAGAACAGACAACUGGCAAAGCAACGCCGUAAACAGGAGGCUCACAUGGCUGUAUACAGGCAGCAGAUGAUGAAAGUCACGGGCGAGGCCCCGCCAGCACUUGCGCCUCUCCGCCCUGGCUCGGUAGCUACUCAAAGUAGUCCCAAUCUAUCAAACCUUGGACGGCCGGAGGAGAAUGAAGAAGAGGACGAGGAGGUCCCAUUGGCCAUUCUACAAGCACACGGAUUUCCAAACAAGAACAAGCCGCCCAUGCGGAGCGUGGGCUCGAGUUCUAGCCUUCGCGCCCAAUCCAUGAUAGGUGCGCCGGACGGCAGACUGCCAGUAUUUGCGAGACAUCUCCCUCCCGAUCCAUACUUUGGCGCAAGUAUCGCAUAUCCAACAAAUCGUGAGUCCAUGGGCUUCAGUGGAGGAGCCGGGUCUGUGCCAGGGACUCCAACAAGAGGCCUUCCGGUAGGAGGUCUAGUAGGUGUUAUUGCCACAGAGGAAAGGUCUCGGGCUAUGAGGAGAGGAAGUCCAAAUCCUCAAGGCGAAUUCGGCCCGAUCCCGUCAAACGGUUUCGAUGGUAUGGGUAUGCCGCCCAACCCUCGGGCGUCAGGUAUGAUGAAUGGAAUGGGCCCGAUGGGACCUAUGGGGCCAAUGGGACCAAUGGGACCAAUGAUGCUCACUCCUGGGGAUCAAGCCCAAAUACAGAUGUCACAGCAAAUGCAACAAUUCAUGCAGAUGCAAGUCCAGUUCAUGCAACUCAUGACGUCCGGUCAGGGCACACCAUCGCAGAGUGGGCAUAUGUCGCAACCGCCCUCUGGGGAUGGCCUUGGACGACCUAGCAGUGCGCAGGGACCGCAGCUUCGACCGGGAAGCUCCCACCAGCGAGCUAUGACCAUGAUGGAACCAAACUUGUCUUCUUGGAUGCCACAGGGAGGAUUGUUUGCACCUUCAAUAAAUGGUCAAGGCAGUUAUGCCCCCUCCAUUGCCCCCUCUGAAAGAAGCAAUGUUGGAUUGCCGGGUCGGUAUAGGCCCGUAUCUCAGGUCCCAGCAUCGGACAACAAGUCCAUCAGAGCUUCCACAAUGACUGGGGCACUCCAGGGAUGGGAAAGCAAGAAUGGAUCUACGACCGUUAAGGCGACCAAGAAGUCCGGGGAUGCAUCUGACGAAGAUGAUGAGCAGGGAUGGGAGGAAAUGGCAAAGAAACGGGAGAAGAAGAAGUCGAUCUGGCGAUCGAAGAAGGACUCUAAUAAUGGCUUGAAGGAGAUGUUAGGUUACACCUGA